AUGCCUUCCGUCGCCGUCGCCACCUAUGGCCCUAUCUUUACUGGCGUCGUCUUCAACAUUCUCUUGUAUGGAAUAAUGGUCACCCAGACAUACAUUUACUUCACCACCUUCAAACAAGACCGCACCUGGAUAAAGGCGUUCGUCGGCCUUCUUUUUCUCUGUGACACCGUGAACUCCGCCUUCGACAUCGCAUUUCUUUACAUCGCGCUCAUCAACAACUUCGGUAAUGUUUCGGCGCUCACGACAGCAUCUUGGGUUUUCGCCACAGACGCCGUAAUGACAGCCAUCAUCGGGAGCCUCGUACAACUGUUCUUCGCGUGGCGUGUCAAGGUUCUCACGAACAACACCCUCGCCGUGGUUGUCAUCACCGGGUUCGGAGGAACAGGAACCACGAUCGCCACCCGCAUGAUACCCGAGUUCGUCCAGUUCCAGAGGUUCAAAGUGAUCGUCAUCAUCUGGCUGGUCUCCUCCGCCAUGGCCGAUUGCCUGAUCACGUUCGUUCUGGUUCGGUAUCUGCGUGGCCACAAGACCGGUUUCGGCCAGACGGACGACUUCGUGGACAAGAUCAUUCGAAUCACUGUCCAAACGGGCCUCAUCACGGCCGUCUGGGCCAUCGUCGACCUAGUCGUGUACUUGGUCAACCCUACAGGCCUCCACCUGAUGUUCAACCUCCCGCUCGCGAAGCUCUACACCAACACGCUCAUGUCCACCCUCAACUCCCGCGCCGGAUGGAAGUACGGCUCGAACAGCAGCGGCCCCACCACGGGCGAGUCCGUCAACCGCCGGAACUUUGGCGUCCGCACCGGCGAGACCCCCAGUCAGGUGUACGUCGACGUGGAGUCGCACGAAAUGGUGGACGUCGCGGACGCGAAGGGCAUGUACCCCCCGGAGCCCGCGCUGAAUACGCACGAUUACACCAAGGUGGUGCUAAGCGCCGACGCCGCGCACUGA